AUGCUGACAGUAUCAACAUUACUGAAGGAAGGACGGGAUCCUGACUCCAAAAAACUAAGCGAAAUUCCACAACAUGAUUUGAUUCCUGUGUCGUCCUUAAUCACCCACUACCCCAUGUUCAACGCUGACCUAAGACAAGAUGCACUUAAUUUUCUUUCUCCAGCUGAAAUCAAGGCUAUCUCUUUCUUGGAUUCUACUAAAUCCAGUCACAUACCUAAGCUUCCAGGUAGGCUUGGUUUGAAGAGGAAGGAUUGUGGAGGGAGAAGAAUUCAAUGUUCUGUUCAGAAUCAGAAUCAGCCACCUCCAGCUUGGCCAGGAAGAGCGUUUCCAGAACCUGGACGCAAGACCUGGGAUGGUCCUAAGCCUAUAUCAAUUGUUGGAUCUACUGGUUCCAUUGGAACUCAGACAUUGGACAUAGUAACAGAGAAUCCAGAUAAAUUCACAGUCGUGGCACUGGCAGCUGGUUCAAAUGUUACUCUUCUUGCUGAUCAGGUGAGGAGAUUCAAACCUCAACUAGUUGCUGUUAGAAAUGAGUCAUUAGUUGAUGAACUCAAAGAGGCUCUGGCUGAUGUGGAGGAAAAGCCUGAGAUUAUUCCUGGGGAGCAAGGAGUUAUUGAGGUUGCUCGUCAUCCAGAUGCUGUCAGUGUAGUUACAGGAAUAGUAGGUUGUGCAGGCCUAAAGCCUACUGUUGCUGCGAUAGAAGCAGGAAAAGACAUAUGCUUGGCCAAUAAAGAGACACUAAUUGCUGGAGGUCCUUUUGUCCUCCCUCUUGCUCACAAAUAUAACGUAAAAAUUCUUCCAGCUGAUUCUGAACAUUCUGCCAUUUUUCAGUGUAUUCAGGGCCUGCCUGAGGGUGCAUUGCGGCGCAUCAUUUUAACUGCUUCUGGUGGGGCUUUCAGGGAUUGGCCUGUUGAAAAAUUGAAAGAAGUUAAAGUAGCUGAUGCUUUGAAGCAUCCCAACUGGAAUAUGGGUAAAAAGAUUACUGUAGACUCUGCUACCCUUUUCAACAAGGGUUUAGAAGUCAUUGAAGCCCACUAUUUGUUCGGAGCUGAAUAUGAUAAUAUUGAUAUCAUAAUUCAUCCACAGUCUAUAAUACAUUCAAUGAUUGAAACACAGGAUUCAUCUGUUCUUGCACAAUUGGGGUGGCCUGAUAUGCGCUUGCCUAUCCUUUACACCAUGUCAUGGCCAGAGAGAGUUUACUGUUCUGAAAUUACUUGGCCUCGCCUUGAUCUUUGCAAGCUUGGAUCACUAACUUUUAAAGCUCCCGACAACGUAAAAUACCCAUCUAUGGAUCUUGCCUAUGCUGCUGGACGGGCUGGAGGCACCAUGACGGGAGUCCUCAGUGCUGCCAAUGAGAAAGCUGUAGAAAUGUUCAUUGAUGAAAAGAUAAGCUAUCUUGACAUUUUCAAGGUUGUGGAGCUAACAUGUGAUAAGCACCAAGCAGAAUUUGUGGCCUCACCCUCCCUGGAGGAAAUUAUACAUUGUGACUUGUGGGCACGAGAAUUUGCUGCUAGCUUGCAACACUCUUCUGGUCCAAGUCCUGUUCUUGCUUGAUUGCCCGCUUGCCAAUGCCAUGAUGAGGAAGCGUCUAAUUUUGAGGCUGGCAAGACAUGCUGUAUUCCUGCCAAAACUGGCAUUCGUACUUGGGUUUGGGAGGGAAUUGAUUAGACUUAUGACAUAAAUAUUGAAAUAGGCAACCAGAAUAUGUUCCCCCUUAAAUACAUGCUGAUCGUAUAAAUGCAUUCCUUGCAUCCUUG